AUGUAAUUAACCGUGUGUUCGAUCGUUGCUAUAGUAAUUACCGGCAGCUCGGAUGGAAUCGGUAAAGGCUACGCACACUAUCUGGCUAGCCAGGGCAUGAAGGUGAUGCUGAUCGCUCGCAAUGAAGCGAAGCUUAAACUUGUGGCCGAAGAAAUUGCCACCAAACAUGGGAUGGAGACGAGAGUAUUGGUGGCGGAUUUUUCACAAGGAGAGCAAAUCUAUGAAAGGCUCGAAAAGGAACUACGCUCGCUAGAUAUCGGUAUCUUGAUAAACAACGUUGGCGUUAUCAACGAAAAGCCUAUCCAGCUGGAUCGAAUGGAAAAGCGUCUGCUGUGGGAUCUUAUCAAUAUUAAUGUGGGCGCAGCAACGCUGAUGUGCAACAUUGCCCUUCCAGCGAUGAAAAAACGCAAGCGUGGACUUAUCAUAAACAUUUCCUCCCUAUCAUCGCUUGCUCCGACCCCUUAUCUGGCGGUCUAUGCCGCAACGAAGGCUUACAUGACCAGCUUUUCCUUGGCACUGCGGGAAGAAGUGAGCUCGUACGGGAUCGAUUGUCAAACCGUGUCACCGGGAUACGUACAUACUAGUAUGACCGAGUAUCUGCACCCCGCGGAUGGGAAGAAGAACUCCCUCUCGGUGCGGCUUGUAAAAGUGAGCGAUAUGAUCCGGUACGCCGGGUAUUGUAUCGCAAAAGUGGACCAAACCACUGGCCAUUGGUCGCAUGGUAUACAGACCGCCAUACUGAACGUUUUACCUGCCACACUGAAGCUGCGAGUAUUCACCCGGCUCUACACACAGCUUUUGCACGAAUAUUCCGACACUGACAAGAAGCUUACGUGAUUGGCUAAUUG